UCAUAGUUGACAGGGCUCUCUACGAACCCUAUGGUCCAUAGACCGAGUUAGUAGGUCUUGUCAGUUAGGAGGAGAGUCUACGUGGUGAGGAGCAUAAAUGUCACUUGGUUGUGCACUUUUCACCAUGGUUGACACGCGUAGUGGCCGGAGCACCUCCCCCUACACCGCCGAAAAGGAGGUGAAAGUCGUCACCCUCCUGAAGGAGAGAAGAGAGAAGAAGGAGGCCAAGAAGAAGGCCCUGAUGGAGGAACAGGCAGCGAAGAUCAGGAAGAUUGAAGAAGAGAUGGCCAGAGAGAAGGAGAGACUAAAGAGAGAAGAAGAAGCGAGGCUUAAGGCGGUAGAAGAGGAGGAAGAGGAGGAAGAACAACCACUGGAAAGGCGUAAGGCGGGAGGAAGAGGUGAGUCCAGUGGCACAAAAGAGGAUCUAAUGGAGAAGAAGAUUACAAAGUGGGUUGCUGGAUUAUCCCUGGGAGAAGAUGAGGAGGCCUUGACGUAUGUGUCCAGGGAGGAACAGGAGGCAGCCGUGAAAGAGUGGGAUGCUGAAGAAGAUCCACUCAAGCGGCAGGUUUUGGAAGAUGAGAAAAGGAUGGAAUGAAAGUUCCGUUUGACAAAGGAAAAGAAAAGAAGGAUGGAGGCGGCGAGCCAGGCGGCAAGAAAAUUGGAGGAGAUAAAGAAGUAGAGCGACC